UGAAACUAUUUGGUGAAUAUGAUCCAGAAGGAGAUCGAUACAUACGCGAUCCGUAUUACGGCGGAUUAAACGGUUUCGAGAGAAAUUUUCAGCAAAAGGAAACUAAACCAGUCAGUGGACCAUCGGUUCACUUUCACCAAGUUACGGCGGAUAACUCGGUGAUUGGGAUCAAUAGUGGAUCUUUCGGGGUUAAUAUCAUAUCAAAAAGAGAUAAAGAGGAUGAAAAG